AUGGAGGUUAGGAAGGUGAAUGACGGGCUUAUGACUAUUAAGCUAGUUGUUGGAGGUUUUACUCUGAACAUAAUCAGUGUGUACGCACACCGAGCAGGCUUGGAUGAGGAAGUCAAAAGGUGUUUCUGGAAGGAUUUGGAUGAGAUGGUGUGUGAUAUCCGACAUAUCGAGAAGCUUUCCAUAGGAGGAGAUUUCAACGGUCACAUUGGAGCGACAUCUGGGGGGUAUGAUGAUGUGCAUGGUAGCUUUGGUUUUGGAGAUAGAAAAGGAGAAGGAAUGUCUCUUUUGGACUUUUCUAGAGCAUUUGAUUUGGUGAUAGCAAACUCGAGUUUUCCGAAGAAGAGGGAGCACCCGGUCACCUUCCGGUUUGGUGAUCGAGACUCAGAUUGA